AUGUGCGUGUGUAUUAUUAAUUUUGGUGAUUAUCAUCGUUGCGCUGCUCUUGAAAAAGGUCGUCAAGGUGCCAGUGGUACAGACCGGGAACGUCUGACUGCAAACGGAACGAAAAAGCCAAGGGCAUCCUAUAAUCGCGAUCAAUACACAAAGGCUUCUCGAGCACCAGUAGCUCACGACCUACCGCCAUCCGCUUUCCUUUGGUCUUAUCCGCCGAACAAUGUAGCCGAAUCGGAAUCCAAUAUGGUUCAAGCUAGUCCACAUGUUCUUGAUUCUGACUACGGCUAUGAUGCAGUUUAUCCGAGCCAAUGCUGUUCCCAUUGCAAGCGCAGCAUUGGCUGUUGUCGCAGGAGCCAGUGGAGUUGGCCGGGGUCCCGUAAAGCGCGCGCUGUCUCAAACAGACGAUCCACAGUAACAAUAUGCGGAGUUGGCGCUUGA